AUGUAUGUCACCUUUGUCAAGAAUGCAAUGGUCCAAAAAUCCAAGGGCGAACUCGGGCCCUAUCAUGAGCUCCUUGCACAAUUCCACUCGGGGCCGUCCGCGAGCACCUCGGCAUCCUCGACGUCGCAGCUGCGCUCGUGGCUCGGCGCACUGUCGCACGUCGCCCCGUCGCUCGACCGCUCCUGCGCAGAGCUCGUGGACGCCGUCGUCGAGUUUCCCUGGCUCGCGAUGCCGGACGAAGUCGCAGAGGCGUGGGUACGCUUCGUGUGCGCGCUCGUCAGCGCGCGCAGCGAGUGGGUGAGCAAGGUCGCGACUCUCAUCUUUCGCAACUUUGGGCUGAAUCCAGAGUGGUACCGCGACGCAGAAGCGCUCGCACUCGCCGCAGACGCUGCGCGGCCGACGCGCCGCCAGCUGUACGACCGCCUCCACGGCCUGCUGCAGAAUCUGCUGCGCCUGAUCCCGACGCUCCCGUCGACGCUCCAGCCGAGGCUCGUCCAGCACUUUCCGCACAAGCGCGACCGCACCCUCAGCCAGGUGCUCUAUAUCCGAAACCUGUUGCGCGUCACCGAGUACUGCGAAGCACUCACCGAGCCGAUCUGGAGCGCGGUCAUCGACCAUGCUCUGCAGGUCGACGUCGAGAUCCAGGUGGAGCUCGACGACCUGGAAGAGCAGGGCGUCGAGCCGGCGAAUGUCACGACGCUCGCCUCGGUGCUCGACCGCGGCGUCGAGGACAUCGACGGCGAGUCCGCCCCGUCGUCACCCGUCGAAAAGGACGAGGACCUCGAGGCGCUAGAAGACCUCGACGAGGAAGACGGCUACGAGGCGUCCGACUCGCUCCUGCCUUCGCAUCCCACGGAGCACGAGCCGCAGUGGAACGAGAUUGCGGUGCUCGCAGGCAAGCUCGACGCGAUCAUGAAGGCCAUCUUUGACUUUCUCGCGCACUACGUUGGCCACGGCAGCUCGCUACGCGGCGGCGCCCCCACCCAGCCGGUGGACGUGCGCCGCUACCAGCUGUACCAGACGCUGCUCGGCAUCUUCACGCGCUCAGUCUUGACGACGUUCAAGUCGCGCCACGUCCAGUUUCUCCUGUUCUGGUAUUCGUCACUGGACAGCGAGUUUGCCGACAUGUUCCUCGGCACGCUGCUCAGCAAGAGCUUGUAUGCCCCGGGCGCCCACGCCGACGCCCCGUUUGCGCCGACGAGCGACUCGGCAGCGUUUCUGCGCAUCGCGGCCGCAAGCUAUGUAGCGAGCUACGUCGCACGCGCCAAGUACAUUGACGGCUCGACGACACGCAUGGUGCUGCUCAAUCUCUGCACCUAUCUCGACGCGUGCCUCGAGUCCUUUGCGCAGCUCGGCUCCUCGGCGCCGCCGCCGGGCUCGCGCGAGCACGCAAUGUUCUACGCCGUGGCCCAGGCCGUGUUCUACCUCUUCUGCUUCCGGUGGCGCGACCUCCGCCAGGGCGGCUCGACGCUCGAGAGCACCUCGCACGAGGACGCGUCGCUCGCGUCGACCUACCCGACCGCCUGCUCGCUCGAGCUCUCGCCACAGCUCCUGCCGACGCUCAACGGCACGUCCUACUCGUCCGCUUCGUCGAGCACCUCGGGACCGCUCGGCACGAGCCUCGCGAGCGAGGCGGGGUGGGCGCCGGGCCUCGCGGUCGUGCAGCGCGCCAUCACCUCUCCUUUGAAUCCGCUGCGCUACUGCAACGGCAACGUCGUACAGCAGUUUGCGUAUGUCGCGCAGCACACUGGCUUCCUCUACUGCUACUCGGUGCUCGACGCGAACGCGCGCCGUGCCCAGAGCGAGGCGCCGCAGCCCGCGGCGUCGGCGCCGGGUACGCCGCAGCGCAAAGGAUCGCGCGACGCGCGCGAAUCGACGCCGCUCGCGGUGCCCAAGACGAGCGAGGCGCCGGCGCCGGUGCCUGCAAAAGCCCUCGAUGUCUUCUUUCCUUUCGACCCCUAUCGGCUGCGGGACUCGGGGCCAAUGGUCCACCGCCUGUACCGCGAAUGGUCGGAUGUUGCGCCGGAAGACGAUGACGACGAGGACGAGGACGAGGACCAUCCAGACGACCUCGACCUCGACCACCACGACGAAGACGAAGACGACGAACUCGGCGGACUUCCGUCAGUACGCCGCACCAAGCUGAGCGCAAUGAUGCCACGCCGGCCUCGCGCCACGCUCUCGUCCAUGGACCCGAGCAGCAUCACGCCCGAAUCUGUGGCACAGAGUUUGGAGGCCAUGAGCAUCAGUCCCUAUACAGGCUAA